AUGUCCACUCCGGCCAACAAUCCCAACGCGGAAGGCGCUACCUCCUCGGCGCCUGAACCCUCGAUCAGACAGCUUCCUGUGCCUAGCACACCGAGAGAUGCGCGGAUCAUCGCCUUGCUCUUAGCUUCCAUGGGCGUCCAAUCGGCUUCGGAGGGCGUCGUUCGAGUUCUAAUGGAGUUUGCUCAUCGUUACACGGUCGACAUUCUUUCGGACGCUCUGGUGUAUGCCGAACACGCUGGAAGGGCGCACGCUGCACAUGGACCGGACGUUGAAGAUGUUCGUCUAGCCGUUCAGGCCAAGGUGGAGCACUCGAUGAGUGGACCGAUGAGCAAGGAGUUCCUACUUAAUCUGGCCGACAACCUCAAUCGAACGGCGCUUCCUCCGAUCCCCGAGCGCUACGGGAUCCGACUUCCUCCUGAGAAGGAUCGCUUGACGGCUCCGAACUUCGAUAUCGCUCCCAAGCCCCCUCCGACUGAAGUCGAAAGCCCAAGCGAUCACGAGGAGGGCAUGUUUGGAGGAAUCGAUGACGACGACAGUAGUGACAGCGAUAGCGAUAGCGACACGGAGAUGGACUUCGCUCCCGUCAUCAGCAUCAAUGGCAAUGGCAACUUGGCAUCUGAUCAAGCUAGAAGGAGACUGGAGGAUGUUGAAGAGGAUGAUUACGAUUGA